AUGUUAGAAAAUACUGAGACUGAGCAACAUUACACAUUCCUCCACACUGAGAGCACUGUAAAGAAAAUGGGUUGGAAGACCAAGACCUACGAUAAUGAGAGCCAUGCUGAAGUACCUCAAGAGAUUCAGACAAUAUUUAACUAUACAAAUUCUGGUGAAGAUGUAUUCUACCCGAUUACCAAAGAUUUGACGGAGGUACUGGAGGACGCCAAGGAAGAAUACCAGCAAUACCAGCCAAACGUUCUCAGGCCCUCUACGACUUGGCAGAUGCGCUUGACAAAACAGGAAAUCUCAAGAGACAACUGGAGCCAAUAUUGCAAGCAAAAGAUAUUGAGGAUGAACAAAAAUACAGAGGGCGAGAACGUACAAUCCGAUUUGCCGGUGACGGCAAACGUUCUCCAAGGGACAAGAGUCCAUAUGGACGCGAUCGACAUAGUAGUGACUAAGCUCCAGGCAUCAAGUGACAAUAACUAG